AUGUCCCUGGGGGACUUUCUGACUGACAGUGGUUUCGGAGGAGGGUCUUGGGCCGAUGAAGUUGAAGAAACCUACGGCACUCAGCCUCUUCCCCCGAGCGACCGGCCUCGCUUUGGAGGUGGCAACAGUGGCACGUCGAAUUGGCAGGAAAGGGGAUACUCCUCCAUCCGGGAGAACCUUCCGCAGAGACUUCCCGAUAAGCCCCCAUUCACUGCACACCUUGGUAACCUUGCCUAUGACGCUACCAGUGAGAGCGUCACCGAAUUCUUUGAUGGCUGCGAGGUUGUCAGCGUUCGCCUCAUUGAGGACCGUGAGAUGCAGCGUCCCAAGGGCUUCGGGUAUGUCGAGUUUGCUGAUAUCGAGGGCCUCAAGAAGGCCUUGACCCUUGAUGGAGAAUCCUUCAAUGGACGAAUGAUCAAGAUUAAGAUUGCCGAUCCUCCUCGCGGUGGUGACAGCCGCGGCGCCGAAUCCUCUCGCGAUCUCAGUGACUGGACUCGCAAGGGGCCUCUCCCCGACCUGCCUGGACGUGGCGGUCGUGCCGGUUCUGACUUUGGUGACCGUGAGCGUCGCCCUCCCCGUGAACCCGCCGCUGAACCUCGCGCCCCCCGCGAGAUGACCUGGGAACGACGCGGACCUCUUGCCCCUUUGUCGCCUCAGGAGGGCGGCCCUGGGCCUCGUGAUGGUAGUCGAUCCCGACCUGCUCCCGAAGGCAUGGGCGAGCGGGGCGGAUCUCACCGUGGAUCCCGUCAAGGCUCUGCCUCUUGGGGUGAGGGACGACAGGACGGUUCGCGGCCUCCUCGACGAGAGCACAAUGAGCGUGCUCCUACCGCUGCGGAGAAGGAUCUCCAGUGGCGCUCUAGCAUGCGCCCUGAUGCUGCCAAGUUACAAGAAGAGACCGAGACUACCACCCCUCCCGCACCUGCACUCGCUGCCCAAGCCGUGCGCCCUCGCCUGAACCUGCAGAAGCGAAGUGUCACCGAGAAUACUGAUACUUCUGCCACACCGUCAAACAGCGAUUCCAAGGCCAGCCCAUUCGGAGCUGCCCGACCCAUCGACACAGCGGCCCGGGAGCAAGAAAUUGAGGAGCGGCGCCAGAUUGCCAUCCGCGAGAGGCGAGAAGCCGAGGAAAAAGCAAAGGAGGAGCGACGACUUGCCAAGCAGGCUGCCGCGGAGAAGGAGGAAGCCGAAGCCGCCGCCGCCGCCGCCGCCGCUGCUGCACAGGCCAACGAAGCCAAGAAGACAGAGGCCAAGCCCGCCGAGAGCGAGGCUGGCGAGGAGCAGAACGGAGCGUCGGCAGAGCAGAAAGGGGCGCACCCGGCGCACCGAAGCCGGGAGUCCCGGGAACCCAAGGAGCCCUUCAAGUCAAGGGCUACAGAGUCUGGAAAUUGGAGAAUGGCCUCCAACGAGCAACGCACCGCCCGCGGGGCCCCCGGCGGUGGUCGGGGCCGUGGCGGCGCAGGCCGAGGACACCGUAACGAAGGUCGAGGAGGACCGCGUGCCAACGGAGCACGAGACCAGCAAGCUUCCGCUACCCAGGGGUCAGGCGAGGGCGAGGCCACCCCCGUGGACGAGGAUGGAUGGACAACUGUGCCGAAAAAGGGGCGUCAGGGACGCCCGCUGGCGUAA